AUGAAGAGAAAGUCGAGUCAUAUUGAAGAAGAAGAAGAGUCUGAUUCGGAAAUUGAUUCUGAAGAAGAGCUCCAGGAUGCUUUUGCGAAAGGAUUGUUGAAACCGGGUUUAAAUAAAGUCAUUGAGAAGACUGUGAAGAAAUCAAUUAAUCAACCUGAAUUGCUGAAAGAAGCAUUAAAUAAACUAAAAUUAGACUUACCAUGGAUAGAAAAAUUAGAUGUGGUAAACGCGCCAGCACCAUUAGCCCCAGAACUAGCAUUACAGCAGCUCGAGCAAGAAGAGCGACGUGCGAAGCAGUUAAAAGGCAACAAAAAAUUAGCGCAGUUGAAACCCACCGAGGAUCCGGUUAUCAAUGACUUCAAGAGGGAGACAAUGUUCCACAGACAGGCUCAAGCUGCAGUGAUGUUCUGUAUGCCUAGAAUAAAGAAACUGGGGAUCCCCACGAUCAGGCCAGAAGAUUAUUACGCUGAAAUGGCGAAAACUGAUGAGCACAUGCACAAAAUCCGGACGACUUUGCAGAAAAAGGAGCAAGCAGUAGCGAGGUCUGAAAAGGUUCGCCAGCUGAGACUCCAGCGCAAGGUCGGAAAGCAGAUGCAGGUAGAAGCCACGUUGAAGAAGCAUGCUGAGAAGAAGCAGAUGCUGGAUGAGGUGAAGAAGUUCCGCAAGGGAGUUCGUAAAGAUCUCAAUUUCUUGGAUGACAAAAAGAAACCGGGCAGUUCUAAUAAGAGUCAUGCUGAGAGGAGGCUCAGCAAUAAGCAGAAGGUUAAAAAUUCCAAGUUUGGGUUCGGUGGGAAGAAACGCGGGACUAAGAUGAACGACCGAGAGAGCUCUGCUGAUAUGUCUGGGUACCAGAGACCUCGAAAAGAUAUUAAAGGCUUGAAGAGAAGGGAUAAAGGUGGGAACAAUAAAAGUCAGAGGCCUGGUAAAAAUCGGCGGGUUCAAAUGAAAAAUAAAAAAAAAUAA